AUGUCGACACAGCGCAACGGCACGUCCAAUGGCGCCUACGCGACGCCCACGAGCAAGCGCUUCUCCGACAUUCCCUCUGCGAUCGACGUGCCCGUCCAUGGCGAAGCCGAAGACGAAGCCGUCGAGAUUGACCUCGAGGCCCUCUUCGACGAUCCCACAGAAGUCUGCACGCUGCUGGAGAACGAGCGAGCGGCACGCACAUACUGGAUGACCGUGGCCCUCGCCUACGCCAAGCAGAAGAACAUCGACCAUGCCAUCGAGAUGCUGGUCCGCGGCGGCAACUCGAUGCGCGACAACACGCCGCGCGAGAAGCUCAGCCUGAUCGGAUGCCUGUGCUGGAUGUACCUGUGGAAGGUCCGCGAGGCCCCGCGCCUGCCCCCCGACGGCGUGCCGGCGAGCGAGGCCAAGACGAAGGAGCACUACCUCCAGCUGGCGACGUCGACGCUCAACAACGCAUCACGCAUCAACCACGCGUUCCCGCCCCUGUUCCUCGCGCGCGGCGUUCUGCAGCUGCUGCGCGCGUCGCUGCAGAUCCCCAAGGCCACCGGCCUCGGCAAGCUGGACAACGAAAAGGCGGACCUGCUGCGGGCGGCGCUCAAGGCGUUCGAGGAUGCCAUUCGCGUGUCGCAGGGCAAGAACAUGCUGGCCGUCAUGGGCAAGGCGAGGGCCCUCUUCUCCCUCGGCAAGUUUCCCGAGUCGCUCGCCUGCUACCAGGAGGUGCUCGGCAAGAUGCCCGAUCUCGUCGAUCCCGACCCGAGAAUCGGCAUUGGCGCCUGCUUCUGGCAGCUGGGCUUCAAGGACGACGCGAGAAGCGCCUGGGAGCGCUGCCUCGAGAUCAACCCGGACCACAAGGUCGGCAACAUCCUGCUCGGCCUCUACUACCUCGACGCCAGCGGCCACGUGCCGACAAACAGCCCCGACUUCAUCCGUCUCUACAAGAAGGCCAUGACCGAGUACACGCAAAAAUCAUUCAAGCUCGACAAGAACAUGCCCCUGACCUGCGCCACGUUCGCCAACUACUUCCUCUCCCGCAAGCAGCUGGGCACCGUCGACACGCUCGCCCACAAGGCGAUCCAGUACACCGACGUCAACGCCAUCGCCAGCGACGGCUGGUACCUCCUGGCCCGCAAGGAGCACCACGAGGGCGACCCCAGCAAGGCGUCCGACUACUACCGCCGAGCCGACGAUGCCAGGGGCGGUGCCGACCGCGGCUACCUGCCAGCCAAGUUUGGCGCCGCGCAGUUGUCCGUUAUGAGGGGCGACCUCGCAGAGGCCAAGCUGACGCUGGAAAAGAUGGUCCAGCAGUCCAAGCACCACGAGGCCCUGGUUCUCCUGGGCACGCUCUACGCCGAAGAGGUGUUCGCGAACCAGGACCUGGACGCCAAGGAAGACAAGUCGGCCGAGACGAAGAAGGCCAUUGGGCUCCUGGAGAGCGUGCGCGGCGCGUGGCGGGACUCGAAGAAGAAUCUCAACCCUGACGCGGCCGUCCUGCUCAACCUCGCCCGCCUCUACGAGGCAGAGCACCCCGACAAGGCGCUGCAAUGCCUGCUGCAGGUCGAGCAGCUCGAGAUGGACCUUGUCAGCGCGGCAGACCGGCCGCCACCCGACACGGACGAGGCCGAGACGAAGAAGGCUCUUCGCAGGUUCCUGCCGCCUCAGCUGCUCAACAACAUUGGCUGCUUCUACUCACAGUCGGAGAGGCACGAGCAGGCCAGCGAGCUGUUCGAGGCGGCGCUGGACGCGUGCAUGAAGCUCGGCGAAAAGGACGAAGACGCCGACGUCGACGCGCUCGUCACGACCAUCAGCUUCAACCUCGGCCGCAGCUACGAGUCGCGGGGCAUGCUAGAUGAUGCCGUCAAGGUGUACGAGGAGCUCCUCAAGCGUCACGAUGACUACACAGAUGCCCGCGUUAGGCUCGCGUACAUUAAGCUGCGAAAGUUUCCUCACAAGGAGGGCCCCGAGGCCGUGUCCAAGCUGUACAAGGAGAACGCGAGGGACCUGGAGGUGCGCGCCCUGUACGGCUGGUACCUGGGCAAAGUGCCGUCGCGGAAGAGGUCAGGCAACAUCAACGAGGACGACGAGUUCCGCCACUACAAGCACACGCUCCGCGACCACGACAAGCACGACCGCUACGCGCUGGUCGGCGCCGGCAACCUGCACCUGCUGACGGCGCGCGAGAUGCGGCGCGAGAGCGACAGCGACAAGGCCAAGCGCAGCGCCAUGUACACCAAGGCGGUCGAGUUUUUCGAGAAGGCGCUCUCGCUGGACCCCCUCAACGCCUACGCCGCGCAGGGCAUCGCCAUUGCGCUGGUCGAGGACAGGAAGGACUACAAGACGGCGCUGGGCAUCUUUGUCAAGAUUCGCGACACGGUCAAGGACGCGCACGUGUUUGUCAACCUCGGCCACAUCUACGCCGAGCUGCGGCAGUACUCCAAGGCCCUCGAGAACUACGAGACGGCGCUGUCGAAGGAGGGCAAGAGCAACGAUCCUGUCAUCCUGAGCGUGCUGGGCCGCACGUGGCUGACAAGGCCGCUCGGAGAAGACCUCGACGCCUCAUCGAGCUGCGCGGAGCAGGGCACUACACGCAAGCAGCUCGAGAGGGCCAUCGCCAGCCAGCGGGAGUACGAGGAGAAGAACAAGGAGAAGCUGCAGGCGGCGCUCGAGCAGCGGCAGACGGAGAUGCGCAAGCGCGAGGAGGCGCGGGCGGCGGCGCUGGCGAUCGAGCGGGCGAAGCAGGAGAAGCUCCAGGCGGAGCGCGAGGCCAUUGCGGCGCGGGACCGGGAGAUUGCGGAGAGGCGGGCCGAGGAGGAGAAGGCGCGGGCCGAGGCCGAGAUGACGACGGACAGCGAGACGGGCGAGAGGGUCAAGCGCAAGCGCAAGGCGGCGGCACCCCGGGGCGCGGCGGGCGAGGGCAAGGCCAAGAGGGGCGCGCGCAAGAAGAAGGGCGGCGACGACUCGGAGGACGAGGACGAGUCGGAGGAGGAGCGGCCGAAGCCGAAGAAGAGACGCCUCGCCAAGAAGGAGGCCGAGAAGCCCGGCAAGUUCAAGUCGGCCGAGAUUAUCGUCGACAGCGACGAGGACGAGGACGAGGAGCAACGCGACGAGGGCGACGAGGAGGAUCCCCUCGAGCGGGCCGAGAGGGCGCUCGCACGGGGUGGUCGUGCCGCUUCCCCUGACGAGCGCGACAAUGGCGACGACGAGGGCGAUGACCGCAUGGACGUCGACGCCGGCAGAGGGGGCGACAAUGAUGACGAGGAAGACGACGAUGCCGAGGUCACGCGGCGACAGCAGAGCAAGCGUGCCCGACGCGGUCGCGUCGUCGAGAGCGACGAGGAGGACGAGGAGGACGGCGACGAGGGUGCCGCGGCAGGCCACGCAUCAGGGGACGACGACGUGGCGGCGGCCAAGGCUGACACCAGCAUGGCCGAUGCCGACGACGACGACGAGGCGUGA